CAUAAAACACCACGUUCCAUUAGAGGAUAAAGCGAUCACCAACAUGAUUGGUGGAAAAUCAUAUCCCAGGAUCCCGUAAGCCGCAAAACAAGAUAUCACAUUAUGCGCCAAAAAAGAAAAGAAAAGAAAAAAGUCCUCUCAUUCUCUCUCUACCUGUCCCACGUGGCAGUUGUCAUCCGUUGCAGAAAAAUUCCUCCUUGCGAGCUUAGCUUCGCGUCAAUCCAUGGCGGUUCAUGCACCAUCUUCAACUUCUUAUCUCCGAGGCCUCCACAGCAACAAACUCUUUUCCUCUAAAUUCCGCUACCCCCGCUUGUGUCCUGCCAAGAAAUCUCCAUUCAUCGUGGCUAUGGCUCCCAAAAGAAAGGUGAACAAGUACGAUGAAAAUUGGAAGAAAGAAUGGUUCGGGCCGGGAAUAUUCUACGAAGGGAGCGAGGAGGUGGAGGUAGACGUGUUCAAGAAGCUGGAGCAAAGGAAAGUGCUGAGCAAUGUGGAGAAGGCGGGAUUGCUAUCGAAGGCGGAGGAGCUAGGGUUUACGCUCUCAUCCAUCGAGAAGUUGGGAGUGUUCUCCAAGGCGGAGGAGCUCGGAUUGCUCAGCUUGCUGGAGAAAGCGGCGGAAUUUUCUCCGUCGGUGCUGGCAUCGGCGGCACUGCCAGCGUUGGUGGCGGCCGUGGCAACGAUAGUUCUGAUCCCCGAUGACUCGGCGGGGCUGGUGGCGGUUCAGGCGAUCGUGGCUGCUGCCUUCGGGGUUGGGGCUGUUGGGUUGUUUGUUGGGUCCGUUGUUCUUGGCGGGUUGCAAGAGGCUGAUUAAUGAUGUGAGUAGUGAAAAUUACAAAGAAAAGUGUAUCAGAAAAAUUAUCCAGAAAUAAUGAGUUUUUAUUGUGUUUUUGUUUA